UCCCCCGCCCGCCUCCCCUUCCGCCAUGGCGGCCGCGAUGUUCCGGAGCUUGCUGGUGUCGGCGGGGGGGUCCCGCGAGGCGCCCUCCGCGGCCGCCGCCCCCGCCCCGCCGCCGCCUCACCCGCCCGAGCCCGGCGCCGCGCUGGAGGCCCAGUUCAGCUGCCCCAUUUGCCUGGAGGUCUACCAGCGCCCCGUCCGCAUCACCCCCUGCAGGCACACGUUCUGUGGGGAAUGCCUGCAGCCCUGCCUCCAAGUUCCAUCUCCCCUCUGUCCCCUUUGCCGCAUGCCCUUUGACCCCAAGAAGGUGGAGAAGGCCUCCAGUGUGGAAAAGCAGCUGUCUUCCUUCAAGGCGCCAUGUCGAGGAUGCAGUAAAAAGGUGACCCUUGCAAAGAUGAGAUCUCACGUCACAUCCUGUGCUAAAGUCCAGGAACAAAUGGCCAACUGUCCAAAGUUUGUGCCUGUCGUCCCAACAUCCCAACCUAUUCCAAGCAAUAUUCCAAACCGGUCCACGUUUGUCUGUCCCUAUUGUGGAGCACGGAACUUGGACCAGCAGGAGCUAGUGAAGCAUUGCAUGGAGAAUCACCGCAGUGACCCCAACAAAGUGGUCUGUCCAGUGUGCUCAGCCAUGCCUUGGGGGGACCCCAGUUACAAGAGUGCCAACUUUCUACAGCACCUCCUGCACCGGCACAAGUUUUCCUAUGACACUUUUGUGGACUAUAACAUCGAUGAGGAAGCGGCCUUGCAGGCAGCUCUGGCACUCUCCCUCUCAGAGAACUGAGGGCUGCUGACACUACAGAGCAGCAGACAGGAACUGUUGCACAUUUGCCUGACUGUCUCCCCCAUCGGAGCGAUGCACUGCUCGUCCUGCCCGUCGGCUCCCAGAGGGCGGCUGUGGCCGUCUCAGCUUUCGUCUUGCCUCGUUCGGUCAGGGAACCUCUUCCUCGGGGCCGAGGCAGCAAAAAGGGGUGCUUCUCUUUUCCCAGUUCCAUCGGACCUACUCUGUACUACCAAUUGGACGUUCCCCACGCCACUAAGUACAGAUGCUAUACUUUAUUAAGACACUUUUAAUACAGUUUUAGCACCAUCGGCCCUCAUUCCGUUAGCGGUUUAUAUAGCAACAAAACAUUUUGUGGGGAAACUGUAGUUUACAUUUUUUUUUUUAAUUGCCUGUGUCUUUGGGUUAAUUCACUGGAUUUUUUUUUUUUAAUUUUGGGGGGGAAAUCAGCAUGGGAGACUUAACUCUUGUACGAAUAUUUAUUAUGCGCUUGGGUGCCUGCUCCUUGGCCAUCGUGGCAAGGGAUUUGGGAUCAACGUGUGCAUGGAAAGCAGCUUUCCAAAGAGGUUUGUGAUGCCCAAGCAAGACCAGAAGGCCAUUCCUGACUUGAGCAUAAUUGUUUAGCCGAAUCUCUCCCUCCUGUCCCCACAGCUGACCUUGCUCAUUUUGUAUCUGCUUUUGUGAUACUCUAGAAGUUCUUGGUGGUUUUUUUCUACAUCUCUCCGUGUAACAAAUACUCUUCACGUUUUAUAGAGAGAAUACAAAGCAGUUAACCCUUGAUAUUGCAAUAUCUGUGUUUGACUAGAAACAAUAGUAUUUUUAUGGAACAUUAUUUUUCAAAGUAUAUUUUUUAAAGAAAAGUGCCCUGGGUUCCAGAUCUUCGGGCCCUGUGGAGGAGGGUCUCAAGCCUGGAGGGAAGGAGGCGCUUCCUUUGGUUAAGUUCUGAGCAAUGGGUCGGUGGGUUUUUUUAAGGGUUUGAGGAUUGUUUGCAAGAAAAGGGGGAGGGGGGCUUUCUUCAAGUAGCCUUUUAAAGGAUUGUUGCAAGUUGUUAUUAAGCAGAACUCCUAAGGCUUUAUUCCCCAGGUGUUCGGAUUCUGGGUCAGUGGGCCUGAAGGAGACUGGAAAGAAAUAAAAGCUGUGAAUAAGCUACAA